AUGUCGGACAUCGACACAUUUACGUUGCUUCCCCUACAGAUCGAUCCGCAGUCCAAGGCGCUCAGCACAGCCUCGAGCUCGCGGUCGCUGCAGGCCGAGCUUGCAGCGCUGAACACGCUGCACCGCGCGCUCCUCACGGUCGAGACGCCGAAUCAGGUCCCGCCGCCGCCAGUACCCGUCAACCCGAAGCGGUCGGCCAACAUCAACAAGCUGCGCGACAGCGGCAACGACGCCUACCGCAAGGGCAAGCACAACGACGCCAUCAAGUUCUACAGCCUGGGCCUGCAGAUGGCGCUGGGCCGGCCGCUGUGGGAGCCGCAGCAGCUCGUGCGCGAGGAGGUGGCCUCGCUGUACGCCAACCGCGCCCAGGCGCACAUGGCGCUGCAGGGCUGGCCCGAGGGCGCGCUCGACGCCGAAGCGAGCGUCGAGGCCAAGCGCGUCGGCAACUCUAAGGCCUGGUGGCGACGGGGCAAGUGCUUGCUGGAGAUGGGACGGUUCGCCGAGGCCCGGGAGUGGGCUAGCAAGGGCCUGGAGAUGGAGGGCGAGGAUGGCGAGCUGGCCGCGUUGCUGAAGGAGAUCGAUGUCAAGCUGGGCAAGGAGAAGAAGAGCAGCUCGUAA